AUGAAUGAUUUGUUGGUUCAAUUGGAUGAUUUACCUGAUGAAAUUCUUAUGUAUAUAUUUAAGAAAUUGUACAAUGAUGAAGUGCUUUAUUCUUUAAUGGAUGUUAAUCAACGACUCAAUAGAAUUCUACAUGAUAGAAUCUUUACUCGUCAUUUAUGUUUACUAAAAUAUUGUCGAAUCGACAAUUCUACCAUUCCAUUACCAGAUUCAAUACUUAAUCGAUUUUGUUCAAAAAUUUUACCUAAAAUUGGACAUCAAAUUGAAACUCUUUAUCUUGAACGAACAUCGAUAGAACGUGUUCUUCAUGCUACAAAUUAUAUUAAUUUAAAUAAACUUGGUUUAUGUGAUAUUCACUACAAAGAAGCUAUGUCUCUAUUUACUGAGAAGAAUCCUUUAACUCAUAUAUUCAAAAAUCAAAUUACAUCACUCUUUACCAAUUUUAAUAAAGGAAACGUAUCGUCUCCAUUGGCAGGUGUCUCUCCAAUUAUAUUUAGAAAAAUUUUGACAAUAUUUACUAAUUUACAAUGCUUAAAAUUCAAUCCAUCGGCAUCUUAUCUUGACGCUUCAGUUUUACAUAUGGCGAAUGAAACUGGCAUCUGUUCAACUUUAUUAGAAUUACAUAUCACUGUGGCAAAUAUGGAAGACUGUCUUUAUAUACUUGAUGGACGUUUUGAUCAACUUCGUAUACUUUAUGUUACUUUUUACGGUAUCAUUCCUGGCUUUUUCAACAUUGAACAUAAGGAAAAGCUAUUACCAAACUUACGGAUUUUUUCUUUGUACUGCAAGCACCAUAUAGAUGAUUUUGAUGAAUCAAUUGUAGCACUUCUACGUCGAAUGUUAAAUUUAGAAGAACUUGAUUUAAAUAUUGAAGUUCAAUGUUAUGAAAAAUUUAUUGAUGGUGAUACAUUGAAGAAAGAUAUUAUUAUUUAUAUGCCACAAUUAUAUAAAUUCACAUUUAAUAUUUGCUCAAUAAUUAAUCAUCGUGAUCAAACUAUUUUUCCAUUAAAUGAAGAUAUUCAAAAAACUUUUAAAUAUUUUUCUAAUAAUCAAAUAAUUACUUGUAUUGAUCAUUUCCAAGAAGAAGCAUGUAGUCAAUGUCAUAUUUAUUCAUAUCCAUAUAAAUUGAAAGUUUAUAAUUAUAUAACAAAUAAUUUUCCAGGUGGAUUAUUUACUAGUGUUACUCAAGUAUCAUUAUAUGAUGAACGUCCAUUUGAACAUGAAUUUUUUCUUCGAAUUCAAAAAUAA